UGAGUGACUGAAGGCGGGUGCGCAGCACAGAGUCAAAGUUUCACGCGCAGCUGUUGGAGUUUGCACGGUUCCCAUCUUCUUCCUGUCCUAUCGGCAGGACUUUAACGUUCACGCAUUCACGCACAGGGUUACACAAAAGUAAUUCGCAAAGCCACACAAAGUCAGCCAGAUAUCAGCAAAGCAGCCAACCAGCCAGCAAGGAAGCCGGUCAUAAAGCCAGUCACAGAGCCAGCCAGGCGGCGAUCAGCGAACCAGCGAGCCACGAAGCCAACCACAAAGAAAACUCUCGGUGACAAAGCAAGCCAGGCAGUCAGCCAGCCAGAUUCAAGAAACAGCGAGCCACCAAGCCCGCUCACUAACAUACCACAGAUUAAACAUGCCUGCCGACUACAACGGCUACUGGGCCAUGGUGAGCAACGAGAGCUUUGAGGACUACAUGAAGGCGCUGGACAUCAACGUGGCCAUACGCAAGAUUGCGAAUCUGUUGAAAAUUGACAAGGAAAUCACGCAAACGGGCGAUCGCAUGGUCAUCCGCACCAUCAGCACCUUCCGCAACUACAUCAUGGAUUUCACCAUCGGUCAGGAGUUUGAGGAGGACCUGCGUGGCCUGGAUGACCGCAAGUGCAUGACGACCGUGUCGUGGGAGGGCGACCGCUUGGUGUGCGUGCAGCGCGGGGAGAAGCAGAACCGUGGCUGGACCCACUGGAUCGAGGGAGACCACCUCCACCUGGAGAUCCGCGUGGAGGGAGUGAAGUGCAAGCAGAUCUUCAAAAAGACCAAGUAAAGCAACAGCGAUGCUUCGUUUCCAAGGCCAUUGGGAACUGUGCUGGCCCAAUUCCCACACCUGACCGGGCCUAGGAAUCCAGAUUUAUACGGCAUCCCAACCAGGCUCAUGUGCCCCCAGGCUCUCCGUAUGUGCAACACACUUAAUUUGGGUGGCAGCGUAGCACAGUGGUAACACUUGUGCCUCAGAGCAAGAAGAUCCUGGGUUCAAUUCCUGACUCGGGUACCUUGCUGUGUGGAUUUUGUAUGUGUUCCCUCUGUUGUGCAUGGGUUUCAUUCUGAUUCUUCAGUUUUCUCCCACAGGUAAAUAGCCUCAUAAAAUGUCACAGGAUCCUCCUGAAAUGAGUCCUCAGUUAUCUUAGGUAAUUAGUAAUCAUUAUAAUUAUUGUAUUCAGACCGACCCUGGAACCAGUGUUGGCCUCGCGGUGGCAAUGUGGAAAUGAGAGCUGUUCUGCGUGAUGUAAACAUUAUUUAAACUUCCUGGUCACAUUACGAUUUUAAAACGUAUGGCUCAUGGGUGAUGGAAAGUGAGAACACGUGGUGUUUCUGGGCCACAUAUGCGGUGUCCCUGGGCCAGAAGCUCCAACUAAUUAUGGAAACGAUGCAUGAAUAAGCUCAGAAGCUCACCCAGGCUCACACACAGACAUAGACAGAAAGACAGAAUUCCUCCAUGUAACCUUAACAGACAAUUGUGGCAAGUGCUGUUAGCGGGCACCUGUGAAUGUCGGCAUGACACACGAGCCGGUGGGUGGCCAGUACCGAGACUGACCACCAUUGUCUCCACGGUGUUGAUGUUUAAACCUAGGGGAGGCUCAGUACCAUUACAAAUAAUCACCGUUGAUGUUAACCGUGACUGGCAAUUGAACUCGGGUUCCUGACGCAACGCGGUAAACAACUCUGAACAACCCCCUGCUGGAUGAAGGCCUUCCCAAGCUGCCGCCACCUCUCAUGAUAUUGUGUAGCAACAAUCUAAAAUAAACACAUUUUGUCCAGGAGUUGAGGAUAUAGUUCUUAAAUAAUGCAUUGCAACUUGUAUUGCUUUAGUAUACCAAGUUAAACGCACAAACUACGGAACUUUUCUCGUAAGGUGUUUGAUGCAACGAGUUCCAGUACUUUGAAGCUAGGCCUUGUUUAAUAGGUGCUUGCUAAUAAUACUUGCUCCAUCAUAAUCGUCCAGUGUUGUAAUUCUUAGUGCAGCUUAACAUCACGAUCUUUGUUGUUGUGUGUCGUAAAACACUUUGCUGCUUCUGCUGCAUGAGCUAAGCACAGUGUAAUUAAAUCAUGAAGGAGAACGUGU